AAUGAUUGUAAUUCCGGUGCGGGUUGCCAGCUAGCGUUAAUGUUAGCUAACAUAACGUACGUGGGCUAGCCUGCCUGUUUGCUGCUGAUUGCAAAGUGGCGUUAUGGCUAACUGCUUCCGUUACACUGGUUUACAUGGUUUCGUUUUGUUCUCCACCCUCAUAGAGCAACAUGGACAAAAUACAAGCAUGAAUAGUUAAAAACAAAACAAAAAAACGAGGCUCAGUAAAGGGUCGUGGCGUUUGUUGCUGUUGUUUACACUGAAUACAGGACGCACGCCUGCCUGGUAGCCUGUAAACUGGAUUUGCCUCACAAACUGUUGACGUGGUUUUAUUUCUGUAGACCGCUAUGGCACCAGGGGAUGUGGUGCCAGACCAUGCCAAACAGCUUAAGUCCAAGGAGAAGCGGCCUGGAAGCAGGGCCUCAAAGACCGACUGUGAGCCUGAUGGUUCCUUUGUGUUUGAGGCCCAUGAGGCCUGGAAGGACUUCCACAACUCCCUCAGGCAUUUCUACGAAGUAGGGGAGCUCUGUGACGUCACACUGAAGGUGGGCAGUAGGCUGAUACCAUGCCACAAGCUUGUGCUGGCCUGUGUCAUCCCUUACUUCAGGGCCAUGUUCCUGUCGGAGAUGUCUGAGGCCAAGCAGGAACUGAUUGAGAUAAAGGACUUUGAUGGUGACGCCAUUCAAGACUUGGUGCAAUUUGCCUACUCUUCCAGGCUCACUUUAACUGUAGACAAUGUUCAGCCACUACUUUAUGCUGCUUGCAUCCUUCAGGUGGAGCUGGUAGCAAGGGCUUGCUGCGAGUACAUGAAGGCCCACUUCCACCCCACCAACUGCCUAGCAGUGCGCACGUUUGCUGAGAGCCAUAAUCGAGUGGACCUGAUGGACAUGGCUGACCGCUAUGCCUGUGAGCACUUCUGUGAGGUGGUGGAGUGUGAGGACUUCCCCUGUGUUUCACCCCAGCACCUGCGCACACUGCUGUCCUCCAGUGAGCUGAACAUUCAUUCAGAGACACAAGUGUACAACGCGGCAAUCAAAUGGCUUAAAGCAAAUCCACAGCACCACGAGACCUGGCUGGACCAGAUCAUGUCUCAGGUUCGCCUCCCCCUGCUCCCAGUGGAAUUCCUGACAGGAACAGUGGCAAAGGAGGAGAUGAUCAAAGGUAACCUGAGCUGUCGCGACCUGUUGGACGAAGCCAGGAACUACCACCUGCACCUCAGCAACAAGGUGGUGCCAGACUUUGAAUAUUCAGUCCGCACCACACCCAGGAAACACACUGCAGGUGUUUUGUUCUGUGUGGGUGGUCGGGGCGGUUCCGGUGACCCAUUUCGCAGCAUCGAGUGCUAUUCCAUUACCAAGAACAGCUGGUUUUUUGGCCCUGAGAUGAACAGUAGACGACGGCACGUGGGAGUGAUAUCUGUUGGAGGCAAGGUGUAUGCUGUUGGGGGCCAUGAUGGCAGCGAACACUUAGGCAACAUGGAGAUGUUUGACCCCCUCACCAACAAGUGGAUGAUGAAAGCUUCCAUGAACACCAAGAGGAGGGGUAUAGCCCUGGCAGCUCUUGGUGGUCCUAUCUAUGCUAUUGGAGGUCUGGAUGACAACUCAUGCUUCAACGAUGUGGAGCGUUAUGACAUUGAAAGCGACCGCUGGAGUGCCGUAGCUCCCAUGAACACACCCAGAGGAGGAGUGGGAUCUGUGGCAUUAGGGAGUUACGUGUACGCUGUGGGGGGCAACGAUGGCGUGGCAUCUCUGUCCAGUGUGGAGCGCUUUGACCCUCACCUCAACAAAUGGACAGAGGUCAAGGAGAUGGGCCAGCGACGGGCUGGAAAUGGAGUCAGCAAACUGAAUGGCUGCCUCUAUGUAGUGGGUGGUUUUGACGACAACUCGCCCCUGAGUUCUGUGGAGCGUUUUGACCCACGGAUGCACCGCUGGGAGUAUGUGUCCGAGCUAACAACGCCCCGCGGUGGAGUCGGGGUGGCCACCGUAAUGGGGCGGGUGUUUGCAGUCGGUGGCCACAAUGGGAACAUCUACCUGAACACAGUGGAGGCUUUCGAGCCUCGAAUGAACAGGUGGGAGCUGGUGGGCUCAGUGUCCCACUGCCGGGCCGGGGCCGGGGUGGCUGUCUGCUCCUCUCACAUCAGCCAAAUCAGGGAUGUGGGCCAGGGCUCUAGCAACGUGGUCAACUGCAUGUGACUGACGCUCCGCUUCCCAGGUGACUGCUGAGCCUCCAGCAGAUCUGAUUUGCCAAGCACCCCGUCCAGCCCCACAGUCCAGAGUGAUAUCCCCUCAUUACAGCACCGUCACAAAGACGUGACAGACAUUAUGUCAGACUGAACAGCAGCGCUCGCGUUCAGUCUACACACAGUGACUGAGGAAUAUCAUGGUGAUAUUUCAGACUUAAUCAUGUGGACAUCUGAAGUCACCUGAAGUCUUCUCUGAGCCCUCUAAGAAAAAGAAACAAAGAUUUCUUUUAUUCUGUUUGUGAUAUUUGCAUUUCAGUGAUGUAUUAUCUAGUACUGUAUUUUCUAGCUUCUUUUUAUUUGACUGCCUUGACAUAGAUUUUUUUUUUGUUUGUUUGAUUUUUUUGUUUUUAUUAUUAUUAAGGGAAAAAUGGUAGCUGAGUCUAGUACCGGCCUCUUUGAGUAGAAAUGAGUCAUAAUCAGCACUACUAUAUUAACCUACAAACUCCACAUUAUUAACCUGGAUUACAUAGUGGGCCAGUAUGAACGCUUUUCAAAGGCUUUUUGCUUGAGACUGUACCUGGAUUGCACUUUGGCUCUAUAGUUUUCAUUACCCAGAGAAGGCUCACAAACUAGAGAAUAUUCAUACUGUAACACUCAUCUCCUAUUUUGCAGUGCAGUUAGAAAACUAAUAUUUUCACGAGUCUGUGUGAACUCGGCAGGUUGACCUCACCCACGUCCACAAGAUGCUUCUUAUUCAGCCUCGUGUCAGGAUAAGCAAAGGCAUCAUGGGCAUGGUGUUUUGAUUUUCGAAGAUGGAUUUUAGAGUUAUCUUAUCAGCAGGUCCCACUGCAGUAUGCUGGAUCGCACCCCAGCGGUGCAGCUGGGUGUAAAUGCAUUUGUACAAUCGUUGUCGGCUGAUUGGGACAGCCGGUCGUUGGUUAGCACGUGGCAGGCCCAAGGAAUCUUAGCGCUGCAAGUGCCAAACAGAGGAACUUGUGUGAAGCUUUUAGAGAGAGCUACGGAUGCAAACUUUUGCUGGUCCAACCUUUUGCUGAGUCAUAUCGCUCCCUUACCUCAGAGCUGAGAAAAGCACGACUGUAGAUUGAUAGAGCAAUACCCUGCAGCCCACCAGUUCUGCUCGAUUUACAAAGUUGUUACGUAGACAUCUGUGGAGAUCUAUUUGAAGCUGGCAGGGAAAUGAUUUUCAACUUCAGAAUUUGUGUUUGACGAUAGCUGGACUGUCAGAAUCCUAAUCAAGAGUGCUUUCAGAUGUGAAUGAGAUUAGACUGAGAUUUCUCUCUGGCAAUUGGUUCAGAUAUAUUUUAAUAUAUGGAAUUUUGUAUUACCAAAUAGGUGUAUCUUUGGUGUUCUUCUUUUCUACAUUAUCUAAUCCAUUGCUGUGCACUAUUUUCCUAGAAUAGAUGUGAAGUUUGGGUAUAUUUUUUUUGUCAUGAAAUAAGAAUUUUAUGUAGUGAUUUUUUUUUUUUUUUUUUUCCAGAUGUCUUGACAAUACUUGCAUUUCUUUGGCUUUGAGUUUGAAGAUGGCUCUUGAACUCUCAUGCUGAUUUGGGGCAUAUGUAAGGAAUUUGAAGGCAUUUCUUGCAACUCUGUUAAUUUUUUUUUUUCACAAUAGGUUGAGAAAAUGAUGAUUUUUAAACAGAUAUUAUUUACAUACUCAGAAGGAAAAAAAACAUUGCUACACAGCUUGUGUUCCUCUAUAAUCAAUAUGAGUGCAAUUUAGUCAACCUGGUUGUGUUUUGUGCUGUUACCAUUCCUCCUUUGACUGCUUCAAUUGUGUGCUAUUCAUUUACAUGGCAUUGGUAUAAUAAAAUAAAAUUAUGCAUCAUG